GUCUGUCUGACUCAGUUUGUUCUGUUGUACAGUGUGGCACUGACGCACUGCUGCGUCGUCUCGGUCCUCAAAUCUUCUCGCGGCUUCACUUUACAGUUUUCUGAAGGAAUUUGCGACCAGAUCGUCGGAGAGCCGCGCAACCACACAGACAGUCCUUUCCCUGCAGGAUUUUAACCCGCAACUUUCAGCACAAUAUUUGCUCCAAGUGCAGGAGACACAGAGGCUGGACACAUUAGUAACAGAUUGCCUCUUGGACUUUUCCUGAUUUUAACCACCACUGCUGCAAGCUUCCCCCGCUGUCACCAUGAGCGCGUGCAGCAGGAAGGCCCUGACUUUGUUGAGCAGUGUCUUUGCAAUCAGUGGCCUGGGGCUGCUGGGAGUGGCGGUCAGCACCGACUACUGGUUGUAUCUGGAGGAGGGCGUCAUUAUGCCUCUGAACCAGAGUGUCGACAUCAAGACCUCGCUGCACUCGGGCCUCUGGAGAGUCUGCUUCUUGGCUGGUGAGGAGUCUGGUCGCUGUUUCACCAUCGCCUACAUCAUGCCCAUGAACGUCCAGUUGACGUCAGAGUCCACAGUAAACGUGCUCAAGAUGAUCCGCUCAGCCACUCCGUUCCCUCUGGUCAGCCUCUUCUUCAUGUUCAUCGGCUUUGUCCUCAACAACAUCGGCCACGUCCGGCCUCACCGCACCAUCCUGGCGUUUGUCUCUGGGAUCUUCUUCAUCCUCUCGGGUCUGGCUCUGGUGGUGGGUCUGGUGCUCUACAUCUCCAGUAUAAAUGAUGAGAUGCUGAACAGGACGAAGAGCAAUGAAGCCUAUUUUACCUACAAGUACGGCUGGUCCUUUGCCUUCGCUGCCAUCUCCUUCCUGCUCACUGAGAGCGCAGGCGUCAUGUCCGUCUACCUGUUCAUGAAGCGCUACACAGCAGAGGAGAUCUACCCGCCCCGUCACCCCAGUUUCUACCGCCCCCGUCUCAGCAACUGCUCCGACCACUCGGGCCAGUUCCUCCACCCAGAGGCUUGGUCGCGUGGGCGAAGUCCCUCCGACAUCUCGAGUGAAGCCUCGCUCCAGAUGAGUGCCAGCUACCCUGCUCUCCUCAAGUGCCCCGACUAUGACCAGGUCUCCUCUUCACCCUGCUGAGGGGUCGGUCACUACAACAGGGGUCACGUAAAGGUUACUAAAGGGUCACACGGGGUCACAAGGCCUAAUGAGUUUUCUUUCAAGAAGAAGAGCUUAGAUGUGUAACUGUGAGUGUGAUGUUUUUCAGGGAGAAAAAGGGUGCAGAUUUGAUGGAAGGGCUUCUGAGACGUGUGUGUGGCUUUUUAUGGAGUCACAGAUGCUUGUUGUUGUAGCAGCACCUACAUUUCUUUCAAGGUGGAGGCAACAUGCACAGGUUGUAGAAAAAAAUACAUGGUUAUGGUGUUAUUCUCUCUGUCUGAAAAGAUUAAAAUCUGGUACACAGAAGAUUACCGUUGACCUCUGUAAAGGGACAGUAAAGGUUCUGUAUUUUGCUUUAACUGUAUCUGUGUGUUUAACCUUCCAGUGCCUCAUAGUUGUUUUCCUUCUGUGAAUAUCUCAGCUCCACCAUUUUGCAAUAACGAAAUGCUCCUUAUUCUUUAGGACCUUUUUUUAUUCUGUGGCAGUAGUCAUCAUGUCACACAGCAAAAAACUACCCGAAAACAAACAUUGGGCAAAUUUAACGCUUUCUCCC